AUGCCAAAAUAUUUAAAACAUAUUGAUGAAGAUCAAACUCAAUUGAAAUGGCAACUACAUCAAAAACACAUUUUCAUUUUGAGCGAAGCUGGUAAACCAAUUUUUGCAAGAUAUGGUGAUGAAAAUCAAUUGAAUACCAUUCUUAGUUUUUUCCUUGGUAUUGUAACUAUUGUCUCAAAAGAAGGAGGUACUGUAAGAACCGUUAAUUGUGGAGAUUUGAGGUUUGUCUAUGUUCUUAAAGGAGCACUCUACUUCGUUUCUGCAUGUAGAACAUCAGAAACUAAUAUUGAAAUUGCCAAACAAUUGGAAACUAUUUACGAACAACUUGUAUUUAUACUUACAUCGAAGAAUAUCCAAGAUAUAUUACAAAAGAGAUCUAAUUUUGAUUUGAGAAAUUUAUUGGGAGGAACUGAUAAGAUUAUUUAUUCUCUAAUUAAUAGAAUGAGUAAUUCUAUUGAUUUUUCGUUUGAUUCAACACAUGUUCUGAGGUUGCCAAAGAAUACUAGAAAUCAAAUAGGUGAUAUCAUGAUGAAGAAUAGAGUUCAAAAUAAGCUCAUGUUCUCCUUAAUGAUUUGCGAUAAUACCCUUGUUCACAUGAUUAGAAACAAGAAGUACAAUAUGAAAACCAAAGAUUUACUCUUACUGAUGAAUUUUGUUGGAUCUGCACACUCUUCAAUGAAGAGCAGCGAGACUUGGACUCCUAUUUGCUUACCUGGACUCUCAGAGACAUCCUAUGUCUAUGCUUAUAUAAUUUAUUUCACAGAAAAUUGGUGCUAUGUAAUGAUUUGUAUGAGUACAGAGUCUUUCUUUGACUGUCAACAAUCUCAAACUCAAACUUUACAUGACCUUAUUCAAUCCGAGUGCUUCCCAUCUGUUAUUUUCACAAAUGUCAGACAAACAGCUUCAUCCCCAACAGCAGAUGACUUUUUAAUGACUCAAACUUUCCUCAGACAUUUCAAUUGUAGAAUCAAAUCAACCACUAUUUCAAUUUGCCAAACUUGUUCCACUAAAUUCUUACCACCUUAUCAUACCAAGAAGGAAAGAAAGAGAAUUCUCAGAUUGUACAAAUCAACAAGAGAGAAACUCGAAUCCAUUCCAAACAAAAAUAUUGGAUCUCAAGUAAGAACCUACGUGGAAAGCACCAAAUAUGAAUCUGUUAUUGGACUGUGGACUGGUAAUUUGGAAAUUUAUGCUACAUUUUCAUUGUUAGCUUCCAAAUCUGACAUGAUUGCAAUUUGUGAACAAAUCAAAAAUUGGAUCAAGAAAGAAGAUCCAUCUCUCUUCCUCUCCAAUAUCCCAACCUUUUAA